AGCGCAGAAGAAGAAGCGGCAUCCGGGGGCGUUUUGUCCGCUGACAGUCCGCCAUGCUCAGUCUUCUGCAGCACUGUGGUCGCAACUUACUGACAGCUAGGACCCUCCAGACCGUGAGCAGCAAUUAUUAUUCAGCGCAGAUGGGCAAACGCGUGGCUGUGGUGCUGGCGGGCUGCGGCGUCUAUGACGGCAGCGAGAUCCACGAGGCCUCCGCUGUUUUGGUCCAUCUGAGCAGAGGGGGUGCGACUGUGAACAUGUUCGCACCCAAUAUUGACCAGAUGCAUGUGGUAGAUCACCUGAAAGGUGCGCCUUCUCAGGAAAAGAGGAAUGUGCUGGUGGAGAGCGCAAGGCUGGCCCGUGGAAACAUCCAGGAUCUGUCUAAGCUCAGCGUGAAAGAGCAUGACGCUGUUAUUUUCCCAGGCGGCUUUGGAGCUGCGAAGAAUCUCUGUACGUGGGCAGUGCAGGGCAAGGACUGCUCUGUAAAUGACGAGGUCAAGGCUGCUCUGCAGGCGUUCCACAGCGAAGGCAAACCCAUCGGCCUCUGCUGCAUCUCACCUGUGCUGGCUGCCAAAGUGAUCCCCGGGUGCGAGGUCACCGUCGGCAUCGAAAAGGACGACAAGUAUCCAGACACCGCUGACACUGCAGCGGCCAUCAACCAGCUGGGCUGCAAGCACGUGAGCAAGGGCGUCGGCGAGAGCCACGUGGACGAAAAGAACAAGCUGGUCACCACCUGUGCCUUCAUGUGCAACGCUCCGAUCCACGAGAUAUUUGACGGAAUCGGAUCGAUGGUCCAGGGCGUCCUGAAACUCGCCUGAGUGUAAUCAGUAGAAGGUCGAAACAAGGAAAAGACUUUUGCAAGCUGUGCGAUAGAUGUCUGCUGAGCUGGUUGCAGAAUGGUGUUGAAGUGAUUAAAAGCACUAAAAGAUAAUCUAGAGUAGCAGAACUGAGCUCCUUGUGAGCUGAAUUUUUGAGUUUGCGUGUCAGUUUUACUGCUGCUGUCGUGGCUCCGCCCCACAUCUGUCACAUUUUAGAGAAUCAGCUGCAGGUGAGGAUAAUGUUCUCAGAAACAAAUAAAUAAAUAAACGAAUACAAGAAAAAA